UCUUUACAUCUCCCCUAUGUGAUCUGAAUGAACUGUGAAGUUUGAAGUAUAAAUUAGUUUAUAACUAAAAGAAACAAGGGAAGGAAGACGAAAUUAGAGGAGUGAAAGUGAAAGAUGUUUCCAGGGUCGCUAUCUACGCCAAAGGUGGACGUAAUUAUAGACAUGGGCAAUCCAUUCCUAAACCUCACCGUUGAUGGUUUCUUGAAGAUCGGAACCGUCGCAGCCACGCGGGCAGCUGCCGAGGAUACCUAUCAUAUUCUCCAAAAGGGUAAGGGAAAUAUUUCAAGUCGUGAUUUUGAGAAAAUGCUGAAGAAGAUGUGUAAAGAAGGUGCAUAUUGGGGAACUGUAGCUGGCGUAUACGUUGGAAUGGAAUAUGGGGUAGAGAGGAUCCGUGGCACCAGGGACUGGAAGAAUGCCAUGAUUGGAGGUGCGGUAACUGGGGCUCUUGUAUCUGCAUGCAGCGAAAAUAGGAAAGACAGGAUUGCCAUAGACGCCAUUACAGGGGCAGCAGUUGCUACUGCUGCAGAAUUCAUAAAUUACCUUACCUGAAUGAAUGAAAAUGGAUGUCUUCCUGGUAUUCUUGCGUGUUUUGAAAAGGGAUUUGCACAAUAAGCCUCUUUUGUCAUCAUUUGUAUUGGUCCCGUAUUAAUACUGAAUUACUGAUGCAGUUAUUUCCAAGAUAUGCUAGUUGUUUAGCUUUCUGUUAAACCUAUGUUUUGAUCAAUUAUAUUGGCUAAUCGGUGGUGUGCAUGAUAGUAGCUCUCUGUUGCAAUUUUGUCAGUGACAUGUUCAGUUCAAUUUAGUCUUUGGGUUCUGGUAUUAUCAAGGCUCUGGAUGAACAGGUUUUUAAAUUUAACCGUUCUUUCC